UGAGUGUGUAUGUGUGUGUGUGCUGAUUGAAGAAGGGGAGAGGGGGAGAAGGCGAGCACAGCUCAUAGCACAAGGCUCAGCUGCAGACUGUUUAUUUUUUUCUCCUGGAGUAGUCAGUUCAAACGGAUUUUCUCAUUGAAGAGCUAUUAAAAAAAGUCGCACAAUCUCUUCCAAAAAUGGGUGCAGUGAUGGGCACGUUCUCCUCUUUCCAGACCAAGCAGAGAAGACCCUCUAAAGGUCAGCUGUAUGUUAUGGACUACGCUCCUCGACAAAAUAAGUCAGACAAAAUAGAAGAUGAGCUGGAAAUGACAACAAUUUGUUAUCGGCCAGAAGGACUGGAACAGCUUGAAGCACAAACAAACUUUACAAAACUAGAGCUGCAAGUUCUCUACAGGGGGUUCAAAAAUGAAUGUCCUAGUGGAGUUGUUAAUGAAGACACAUUUAAACAGAUCUACUCACAAUUUUUUCCUCAUGGAGAUGCAAGUACGUAUGCACAUUAUCUCUUCAAUGCAUUUGAUGCAGCUCAGUCUGGAUCAGUUAAAUUUGAGGAUUUUGUAGCAGCUUUAUCAGUCUUGCUAAGAGGAACAAUUCGCGAAAAACUGAGGUGGACCUUCAAUCUCUAUGACAUAAACAAAGAUGGAUAUAUAAACAAAGAGGAAAUGAUGGAUAUAAUUAAAGCCAUAUAUGACAUGAUGGGGAAAUAUACAUACCCUGCUCUCAAGGAUGAUGCUCCUAAGCAACACCUGGACCUAUUUUUUCAGAAAAUGGACAAAAAUAAAGACGGAGUUGUAACUUUAGAUGAAUUCAUUGAGUCAUGCCAAGAGGAUGACAAUAUCAUGAGGUCAUUACAGCUCUUUGAAAAUGUUAUGUAAAAAAGGAUAUGUGAACAAUGGUGCUGACUCUCAAUAGCACUGUGAAAUGUUUGUAAUGUUACAAAUCGAACCACAAAACAUUCUCUGGAAAUUUUGUAAUUAUGAAGUUUGUAACCAUCAAAGAACAAAUUUAUAGAAAUCCAUAUUGUCAUCUAUCAACAAUCUCCAAUUUGUGGAAAAAGAAUUGUUUGAUUUCCCCUGUGUGACGCAUUCACUGGAUUUAACACUCUUUUGGAUGUGUACUGCGUUUACAUGUUUUAUAGCUUUAACUUAAUUAUUAGUGGAUAUGUGUUUGGCUAGUUUUGCUUUUUAAUUCAGUUUGAUUGCAAAAUAUAAGAUUCAAUACUGUUAAUUUGUUUAGCCAUAAACUGUAACUGAAAACUUAAAAGCUUUUCAUACUACUAGUUUGUGUUAGUAUCGCUUUGUAAAAAAUAUAGUAGGAAGACACUCAACAUGAACUGAAUUUUGAACAGAUUAUAAUAUAUUUUAUGAACAGAAACAUUAAAGCGUAAGUAAAUGCAAAUAUCAAACAC